CUUGAGACAGUCAGACCUGGGCGAUUGAUGUCUUCCAGUUAAUUAGGAAGGCAAGCAACACUGGUCCUGUGUUAGUGUUAGCAAGCAUGCAUGUUUCCUCCGGUCCUCCUCCGCCGCCACCUCCUCCUCCAUUCUCCUCGCCACCUCCACCUGUCCAUUGCCCGCGCGCUCUCCACAGCCACCAACACUAGGGCGGGAUCACAUCUCCACGCGCAAGCCAUCAAACUACUACCCAUGUCCAUGUCCGCUACUCACAUCUUCACCAUGAACCACCUCCUCAUCUUCUACUCCCGCCGCGGCCUUCUUCACCCUGCGCUCCAGCUGUUCGACGAAAUGCCGCACAGGAACCUCGUUUCCUGGACAGUCAUCAUCUCUGCCUCCGUGCGCAAUGGCGCGCCUCACCUGGGGCUCCGUCUCUUCGUCUCCAUGAUCAGGAGCGGCCUCUGUCCCAACGAGUUCGCGCUCGCUACCACGCUCACUGCCUAUUGUCACUCCAUGCCCCAUGCCUCCAAUAAGCUCCUUUUUGGCCUUUCUCUCCAUGGCAUUGCCGUCAAAGCUGGCGUGGAUGGGAAUCCUUUCGUAGGGAGUUCGUUGCUGCUCAUGUAUGCAAAGCAUGGCCAUAUUGCUGCUGCGGAGCGUGCAUUCUUACAUAUCCAGAACAGAGAUUUGACGUGUUGGAAUGCCAUGCUGGAGGGCUAUGUUCUGAAUGAUUUUGCGCAUCAUGCCAUGAGGACAAUGCUUCUGAUGCAUCAUUCUGGGCUCAAAGCUGAUCGGUUCACCUAUAUCUCUGUCAUAAAGUCUUGUUCGAUCAGCGGAGAGAGGGAUUUUGGGCGACAACUUCACGGUCUUGUCAUCCACAGCAUGUUGAACUCAGAUACCUCAGUUAUGAAUUCGCUUGUUGAUAUGUAUUUCACAGCCGGACAGAAGGAAGUUGCUGUUGCCGUCUUUCAUAAGAUUCAACAAAAGGACACUGUUUCUUGGAAUACAAUGAUUUCAGGUUUUGCGCAUGAUGAAGACGAGAAGGCAGCCAUUCGUUACUUGAUCGAUAUAUCACGAUCUGGAUGUAAACCAAAUCAGGUUACUUACUCUGUCCUGUUGAGGCUGACUGGUGCUAAAGAGAAUGUCUCAUUGGGCCUUCAGUUAUUUGCCCUUGCCUACCGCCAUGGCUAUACUGACAAUGUUCUUGUAGCAAAUGCAGCAAUCAACAUGCUGUCCAGAUGUGGAUUGCUCAAUUGUGCGUAUGGCUUCUUUUGUGGUCUCACUUUCAGGAACAUUGUGACAUGGAACGAGAUGAUUGCAGGUUAUGGUCUUUUCGGUUGCUCUGAAGAUGCAAUAAGUCUCUUCCGCAGUUUGGUUUGUUUUGGACCAAGACCUGAUGAGUUCACCUAUUCAGCUGUUUUGUCUUCUUUCCAAGAAGCUCAAGGUGCAAGGGACCAUGAGUUAAUCCACACACUUAUUCUGAAACAAGGUUUUACUUCCUGUCAGUUCGUGUCUACUUCGCUGAUCAAGGCAUAUGCAGCAGCACUUGGGUCAGUUCAGAGUUCACAGAAAAUCAUCGAAGACGCCGGCAAGAUGGAUCUAGUGUCAUGGGGGGUCAUCAUCUCUGCAUUCCUGAAGCAUGGCCUGAACGAUGAGGUCCUUUUCUUUUUCAACUUGUUUAGAGGUGACUCCACGAACAAGCCUGAUGAGUUCAUCCUGGCAACCGUCCUAAAUGCCUGUGCAAAUGCUGCAUUGAUCAGGCACUGCAGUUGCAUCCAUUCUCUUGUUCUCAGAACAGGUCAUGCCAAGCACUUUUGUGUCGCCAGUGCUGUUGUUGAUGCCUACGCAAAGUGCGGUGAGAUUACCUCUGCAGAAAAAGCUUUCAACGCUGUUUCAUCAACAAGUGACGAUGCCAUCCUGUACAACACCAUGCUGACAGCUUAUGCCAACCAUGGUUUGAUCCAAGAAGCCCUUAGCCUCUACGAAGGGAUGACUAAAGCUCAACUGAAUCCAACACCAGCCACAUCCGUCGCCAUUCUUUCAGCUUGCAGGCAUUUGGGGCUAGUCGAGCAGGGGAAGCUUGUGUUCAGCUCAAUGUUGUCUGCGCAUCCAGCAAGAGCCAACUACGUUUGCCUGGUUGAUCUCCUGGCACGAAAGGGUCUCCUCGACGAAGCGAAGAAUGUGAUCGAGGCAAUGCCUUUCCAGCCUUGGCCUGCAGUUUGGAGGUCGCUGGUGAACGGCUGCCGGAUACAUGGGAACAAACAGCUCGGCGUGGUUGCGGCGGAGAAGAUCCUGAGAAUGGCGCCGAGCAGCGAUGGCGCGUAUGUUUCGCUGUCAAACGUGUACGCUGAUGAUGGAGAAUGGCAGUCUGCAGAGGAGACGAGAAGGAAGAUGGUCCAGAAUCAGGUUCAGAAGGUGCAAGGUUACAGCAGGAUUGAGAUAUAGGAAUAUCCUACUUGUAA